AUGGAGUUUGGAGGCGAAGAAUCUCUGGCCGUGACGAUGACGAAGCAAAGGGAGGAAGGGGAAGGGUCUCGCAGAGUUGGCAAUGAAUCGAGUAGAUUCGUCAGUCAAUCGAUUCCGCUUCCUGUUUCCCAGAUAGCCGUCGAGCUUGAAUCGAGAAGAAGCAAGUGGGCAGAAGGUGAUGCCGCCAUUAUUGGUGGUGGUUAG